AUGUCAGCUAUUAAGAACGUCACCCUUGUCGGAGGAUCCGGUCUUUUGGGCCGCUUCGUCUUGGAGAAACUUCUAGCUUCCAACAAGUUCAACAUUCAAGUUCUUCAGCGAACCGGCUCGUCAUCUACCUACGCUGCGACCGUCAAAGUGGUUGAGGCCGAUUUCGAGGACCUCCAGUCCCUGACGGCCGCCCUCGAAGGUCAAGAUGCUGUAGUAUCAACUGUCGGCGAAAAAGGCAUCAUUGUUCAAAAACUACUGAUUGAUGCCGCCAUCACCGCCGGCGUCAAACGUUUUCUUCCCUCCAACUUUGGUUCUAAUAUGAGCAACCCGAACUCCCGCAAGCUGCCCGUAUUCAAAGGCAAGGUGAUCAUCGAGGACUACCUGGUCGAGAAAUCCAAAACCACCGACCUGACAUACACCCUUGUCUAUAACGGAGGCUUCACAGACUUCGCGAUCAAGAACAAGGUCAUAAUGAACUUCUCCGAGUACAAACCCACAAUCUUCAACGGCGGAGACUCCAAGUUCAGCUGCACCAGUCUACCAACUGUCGGAGACGCCGUGGUCGGCGUCCUUUCUCAUCCAGCCGAGACUGAGAACCGUGCCGUAUACGUCUCCGAGAGCUUCAUUUCACAGAACCAGCUUCUGUCACUAGCCAAAAGUAUCGCCCCCAACAAGCCAUGGGCACCUGUAGACGCGGACUUGAAUGUGGUAUUUGCUGGUGCGCUUGAGCGUCUUGCCCAGGGACAACACGAUAUGCCGACUGUGAUUCCUAUCUUGCUCAAAUCGAUUUUGGAUAAUGAGUAUGGGUCGAAUUUUGCGGAGAAUGAUAAUGAGUUGUUGGGUAUUAAGGAGAAGGGAGAUGAAUUCUUGAUUGAGCUUUUGACUCCAGUGGUCAAUUAG